AUGGCGCCCACCCAGAGCAAAAAGUACGCCGUCGCUUCGGAGAAAUCAUCUGGCCCUGCCAAUUUGAACCUCAAUGCUGCCAGUCUGGGUAAUUCACAAGUGCAUGCAGCCCUGGCGCACCACCAUCCUCAACAAGCGCACCACCUGGCGACCGCGCGCAACGCCUUCAAGAAUAGCACUCGUCAUGCUCACCCUCAUGCUCAGCAACAACCUCUCCAUAACCUCCCACACGCGGUCGCACCAACAAAAGCUCCCGAACCUGCACCUGGUCCUGGGCCUAGGCCUGGGUCCGGCUCAAGCGUCGGAUCUGCGCAAAUCCACGGCGCCGCUGCAGAUGCUAAAUUGCACUGGCUCAGCAACGGUUUUCCAUUCUUCUGUGUGGUUUGUGUGCCUCCUUCCCUUCCCGCUUUUCGCACCAUGUCAAUCACCUGUCAUGAGUGA